CCUUGAUGGAAAACCAAGUCAUUGCUCUUUUUCUGGAAAAGCUACUUCUUGAAUGGUGAAUUUGAUUAGAGAUGCUGAUGGAAAGAAGUUAAGAUGGGAGGCAAAACUACGCCGCCAACGGCAAACUCGGUAGUUACUUGAUAUCACACAAGCGAGAGGCGAGAAGGCAACAAACCAGAGCCUCAUCACCAAAGACGAAUCUCACUCUAGUGGCCUGAGGGAAAGACAAAUAAUAAAAGAAAAAGUCAGCUGCCAAAAAUGGAAUGGAAAAGAUGAUACAUAUUGUAGUAAUCAGAGUGGUAAAAAAGCAGCUAAGAAAAUGAUACAGCUUCUUUGAAACAAAGUACUUAUAUCGUUAUGCAAGUUUGUGAGACCCUCUUUAUUACACCACCAUUUACUGAUAAAUAAUAGUUACCUGAACCAAGAGAAGCAAUCCAAGAAGGCCAACAGGAACUGCAGAUACCAAAUUCUCUGUAUAGGCCAACCCACCAGCAACUCCUGAUAGUACAAUUUUGAGUCAAACAGUAAUCUAGGGAGAAAUUGAAUUGGCUCAUUUAAGUAAUGGUAAAAGUAGUUUGCAAGAUAUGCUUCCAUUUCAUUCCUCUAGAUUUUAAUCCACCUUGCUUCCAAGAACAUAUGCACAUUCAACUCGUUAUGCCAUCCACCAUAAAAUUAUGUGCUUAAAACACAUACAAAUAAAGAAUGAGAAGAAGUAACAAGUAUCUACCAAGUAGCACAAUUGGAAUCCUAUAAUCUGGUUCUACUCUUCACCCUCCUUCCAAGCUGUCAACGAAAGAAAAUUCACCACAGACCACAGCUAGAAUUCAAUAGUUCAUGUUAUCUCAAUUACAUGCAAGAAAAUUAACAUAAGAGCCAUAGAAGGGUUAACAACUAAACGGUUUCCAUGGUUGUUAAUAGCUAUUUGUGUCCCACAGAAACUUGGAUUACACAAAACUUGUCCGCCAAAUGAAGUCCUGAAAGCACUCAACUUUCCAAUCUCUUCUCUCCUCCCUGAAACAAACACAUAAGACAUUUAACUGAAAAGGGAAAUGAAAUCUUGAAAAACAAACUAGGGAUUAUGCUUACUAUGGAUCGGAAAAAAGCUGUGUAGGGACAACAGAGUGCUCGCCAUUUGUUUGUGUUUCUCAAAACCGAAGUGGGGGUGAAGUGUGAUUACCGUUAUGCCAACCAUUUUGUGUCAUCAAAGUUGUCGUCUUUGGAGGUAAAUCAGGUAAUUGGAACAUGCCCAAGGGCAUUGAAGGAAUAAAGGAAUAAACUUUUACCUUACCCCACGAAUUUGAGGGCCUUAUCUCAGUUAUCUGCUUCAACUCUGUUCUUUCGUUGCCACCAAGAAGUUGAGAACUGAGAAGAACUCACUCUCCUUCUUCGACCUUGAGAUUUUGAAUGGCGCACUCUCCUUGUUUUGCUCCUAUUUGUUCCUUAAAGUCCUCGAACCGACCAGGAGUAGUUACUGGAAAUUGUCGAAAAGCUUUUCCGAUAACAGAAGCAUGCCAGAAUGCUAAAGCUCGAAAAUUUCAGUCUUUGGAGGUUAAGGCUGCGGAAGACAACAGUCAAACCACCACAAAAACAAAGACCAUUGUUUGUCCUGACUGUGACGGAAAUGGUGCAAUCUUAUGCACUCAAUGCAAAGGCACUGGAGUUAACUCGGUAGACCACUUCAAUGGACAAUUUAAAGCUGGUGGAUUAUGUUGGCUAUGCAGGGGUAAAAAGGACAUUUUGUGUGGAAAUUGUAAUGGGGCUGGCUUCAUUGGUGGAUUCAUGAGCACAUUUGAUGAUUAGAAGAUUGCCUACAUUGAAUUUUUGAAGAUUCCCCAUGGCUAAAGGAAGAGAAAAGCAAGUUGGAAUCCGUUUGUUCAUUUUCUUUUUUGUUGUAUGUGUGAUCAAUGUUAUAGUACUCUGCAGCUGUGACAAUAAGAUUUUGUUUGAGUUCAUGAUUGUUCCUUGGUCGAUUAAAUAAUCUUCAGGUUCUGUAUAAUUAGUAUAUGCAAUUUGGAAGAUGUUCAAUUGAUAUUUGAUAAUCACUUUUCAAUGUCAGACUAAUAGUUUGAAGAAGUUUAUUUUUCUUUUAAAUGAAUUUUUAAGCAAGUUUCAGUUUGGUUGGUUCCAACCAAAGGGAUACUCAGUUAAUCAUAAAA